CUUGGUCAGUGCAGAUGUUGUCCGCGGCCCCUCCCCGUUCUCUCCCACACCCCCAAACUCACGCUGGGUCGCUCUGGACUUUCCCUUUGGUCUCAGCCUCUGUGAGGGCGGAGACUGAUGAUUAUGAUUGAUGGGGUUUUGGAGGAGAUGGAUGAUGCUGAUGGCGGCGGUGGUGGUGGUGUUGGUGGUGAUGAUGACGACGAUCGAUGAUACGAACUGCCCCGGCGCAACGGCAUGGAUGCAGGCAUGUAAUUCCGGACUCAAUGAGACCACUCAAUUAGUACAGACAUCGUAUGGUCCCAUGUCGAUAAGCGGACAUGAACGAAAAAAACGUUUGCAAUCCUUUGGCCGUCCAUUCUAGCGGCAUCGAGACUAGCAAUUUCGAGAAGCAACACUACUGUACUGUGGCAUCAUCUAGAGCUCUCGACACCACUGG